AUGAAGCCUCUGGAGAAAUUUUUGAAGAAGCAGACAUCGCAGCUGGCGGGGCGAACGGUGGCGGGAGGUCCCAGCGGGGGUCCGGGGAGCUGCGGCGGGUUCGGAGGGGGUGGGGGACCUGGUGGGGGCGGCGGUCCAGCAGGGGGACCGCGGCCACUGCAGCGGCGUCAGAGCGUGUCUCGCCUGCUGCUCCCAGCUUUCCUCCGGGAGCCCCCCGCCGAGCCAGGGCUGGAUCCGCCCCCUGAGGAGGAAGGGGGAGAGCUGGUGGGGGUCUCGGAGGACCCGGGCAGCGGGGGUCCUUGUUGGUUGCAGCUAGAGGAGGUGCAGGGAUCCGGACCGCUCGGGGGCGGGGGGCCCUUGCGCUCCCCUUCCUCGUACUCCUCAGAUGAGCUGUCCCCGGGCGAGCCCCUGACUUCGCCACCCUGGGCCCCCCUGGGCGCCCCCGAGCGGCCAGAGCAUCUUCUGAACCGGGUCCUGGAGCGGCUGGCCGGAGGGGCCACCAGGGACAGCGGUGUUUCAGAUAUCCUACUUGAUGACAUCGUCCUCACCCAUUCCCUUUUCCUCCCGACCGAGAAAUUUCUGCAGGAACUGCACCAGUCAUAUCCUUUUGUGGACUUUGUUCAGGCAAGGGGACUGGAGGGCCCCGAAGGGCUGGGCCGAAAGCAGGCCUGUCUAGCUAUGCUCCUCCAUUUGGACACCUACCAGGGUCUGCUGCAGGAGGAAGAGGGGGCUGGCCUUAUCAUCAAGGAUCUGUACCUGCUAAUUAUGAAAGAUGAGUCUCUUUACCAAGACCUCCGAGAGGACACACUGAGGCUACACCAGCUUGUGGAGACAGUGGAGCUAAAGAUUCCAGAGGAGAGUCAGCCAUCCAGCAAGCAGGUUAAGCCACUCUUCCGCCACUUCCGCCGGAUAGACUCCUGUCUGCAGACCCGAGUAGCCUUCCGAGGCUCAGAUGAGAUCUUCUGCCGGGUCUACAUGCCUGACCACUCUUACGUGACCAUACGAAGCCGCCUCUCAGCAUCUGUGCAGGAUAUUCUGGGCUCUGUGACGGAGAAGCUGCAGUACUCAGAGGAGCCUGCAGAGCGUGAAGAUUCCCUCAUUCUUGUAGCUGUGGCCUCCUCUGGAGAGAAGGUCCUUCUCCAGCCAACAGAGGACUGUGUUUUCACCACACUGGGCAUCAACAGCCACCUGUUUGCCUGUACCCGGGACAGCUAUGAGGCACUGGUGCCCCUCCCAGAGGAAAUCCAGGUCUCCCCUGGAGACCCAGAAAUCCACCGAGUGGAGCCGGAGGAUGUGGCUAACCACCUUACUGCCUUCCACUGGGAACUGUUCCGGUGUGUGCACGAGCUGGAGUUCGUGGACUACGUGUUCCACGGAGAGCGUGGUCGCCGGGAGACAGCCAACUUGGAGCUGCUGCUGCAACGCUGCAGCGAGGUCACCCACUGGGUGGCCACUGAAGUGUUGCUCUGUGAAGCCCCAGGCAAGCGUGCACAGCUGCUCAAGAAGUUUAUCAAGAUCGCAGCCAUCUGCAAGCAGAACCAGGACCUGCUGUCCUUCUAUGCUGUAGUCAUGGGGUUAGACAAUGCUGCUGUCAGCCGCCUGCGGCUCACCUGGGAGAAGCUGCCAGGGAAAUUCAAGAACUUGUUCCGCAAAUUUGAGAACCUGACGGACCCCUGCAGGAACCACAAAAGUUAUCGAGAAGUGAUCUCCAAAAUGAAGCCCCCUGUGAUUCCCUUCGUGCCUCUGAUCCUCAAAGACCUGACCUUCCUGCACGAGGGGAGUAAGACCCUUGUAGAUGGUUUGGUGAACAUCGAAAAGUUGCAUUCAGUGGCCGAGAAAGUGAGGACUAUCCGCAAAUACCGGAGUCGGCCCCUCUGCCUGGACAUGGAGGCCUCCCCUCACCACCUGCAGACCAAGGCCUAUGUGCGCCAGUUCCAGGUCAUCGACAACCAGAACCUACUCUUUGAGCUUUCCUACAAGCUGGAGGCUAAUAAUCAGUGA